AUGGACUGGAAGAGCAACCUGAGGCGCAGCCAGUCACAGAGGAGCAUCCCCUCGUCAUGUAACAUGCCCACCUGGACACAGGCAGCGCUGCAGGGCAAGACAACGUCGGUGUCCCAGCUAGUUGCCAGGUAUCAAACGACAGUCAGUGCAUCCAAACAAGAAAAGCAAAAGCAGGUGUUCAAAGAGAAAACCCCAUCUCUACAGGAGGUUAAAGAGACUCAACCGGAAUCUCUGAUGUGGAGAAAUGACGAUAGGGAACAGUCUCGAGCCAAGACCAGUUUGACCCGCAGUAAGUCAAUGGGGAGCCUUCAAAACAGUGCGGUGUCCAUAGAGGCCCUGAAGACUCUGUUUGAAUCAAAGGCAGCCACAGGAAACAAGGUGAAGAGCAGUUUCAUAGCUGCAGGUUUCACUGCACCCCACAAAGCAGCAGACAUCAUGCCAGUGAUGAAUGGAGCGGUUGAAGAGGUGGUGAAUCAGACCUGGAUGGAAGGGAGAAAAACAAUAGGGGGUACUGACUUUGAAAACAUUGCAGCCUCUCAAGCUGAUGAAAAGAGGAGGUCAAUUGCAGAUUUCAGAAACAGCUCCUUCAUCCAAUCCAAGGAGAAACUGUGUGUCUCAGUCAAAGCUAUGUCUGCUCUCUAUCUGUCAAAGGUGGCACCUCAGGAAUCAACACAAAGCCUUUUAAAACCGGCACAAGAUCACUCGUCUGAAUCUGGGAAAAGAGUAAAACUAACCAAGAUGGCCGAAGACUCCCAACAAAAGAGAGAUGAACUGUUUCCAGCUGCUUCAGCCAGACAUCAGCCAGGAACAGAAGACAUCUCUGGGGCACAUUUCCAACAGUCCAUGCCUUCCCAACUCUCCAAAGAGAAGUUAUACCAAAAGCGGCAGAAAUGUGAGCUGAGAAGGCUCUUGAAGCACACUGACCCAGAGCUGAAGAUGUUGGAUGAAGUUGUGGAUGAGGAGCUUGCUGAGGUUUUGAGCUACGAGACUAGGGUGACAACUGGUGAAACUGGAUACGAGGGAGAGGUCCUUUCAAGAUGCUUGAUAUUUGAGAACUGUGCCUUGGGUGACAGGGCAGGACAAGUAUCUCUUUACACCCCCAAGAUGCACAGGGCAGAGGGAACAGUGGAAAGAGGCGAUGUCAGUAAAACAUCAGCUGUGUUUGAGGAGCAUGAAGAGAGGCCCGAUAAUGAAAGUGUUAAAGGGAUCGUGGAGGAUGACAAAACACUUGGUUCUAGUCCAGAUCCUAACAUAGAGUGUGAGGAGGAGAUGAUCAGAAUAGAUGUUCAGGCUACCAGAAGGAUAUUUGAGAGUCAGUCUGUGAACAGAUUAAAUCCAAAUAAUAAACUCCAGGGGAAAGUUUCUAUUUCGGGGGAUGAGAAGGGGGCAGUCCAAAAAAGAAAAAAGGAGUUUGAAAUCUGUAGCAAAGAGAAUCUACGCAGCAAUGCAUGUACCAAACCCCUUAAUUUGAAAGAUCAGCCCCAUAAACAAGGGCCAUGUGGUCAAAGCAGUGACCAUCAGUCUUCAAGUAGGGAAGAGGUUUCAACUGGUGAAACGGUCUUUGAGAAUGAGCCUACAAGCCUUUCUGAUCCAGAAACAUUUGGGGAAAUAAUCAAAACGAGUGCUGCUCUUUCUCAAAACAACCCAUUUAUCCCAACAAACAUAGAGCAUUCUUUUAUGCAUACAUCAAAAUCCCAAAGGUCAGAAGAAAACAAUGGGGCAGCUCAGGACUAUCUGAUAGAUAAUGUCAAGAACAGAACCCAUUUGUUUGAAUCAAUGCCAUUUGACAAAAUUAGGCAUCAGAACAAGGACGAAAUUGAGACGAUGGUGGAGAACAUCAAGGAGACAUUGAAUAGGCUUUAUCAUAUAAAUGCCAUACAUUCAGAUGGCUCAAUCAUUGAGGUGAAUGAAACAAUGCUAGCGAAAAAGGCCAAAUUCACACUAUUAGAGGGUGGGCCUAAGAUAAAAUAUGAUGAGGUGACUGAGGGUGGUGCACAGAAUUUCCUACUCCAGUUGCUACCACGAGCAAACCUUAAGUGUCAGAUCACUUACCUAAAAGAGGAUCAUAAAGGAAGUAUGGAGGCCUCAGUGGUAAGGGUACUAGUGCACCAGCAUCAGUUCACUACCAUCCAAGACACAGAGUUUAAAACUGCCACUGUGGUUCAACUUGUUGAGGAUAUUCUCAAUCAAGAUAACUCUCUGAGGAAAGGAGUGAUAAUCCAGGAGGAUGUGGACAAAUGUGCUGAAGUCAUUGUUUACUCCCUCUACAAUUAUUUUGAUGAGGAAGAUGUGAAACAUUACUGUCCUCCACAAGGUGCAGAGUAUGAUGAACCAGAGCCAGAAAGAGGUGAUGUGUGUAAAACAGAUGAUCAAGAACAAAGAAGGAAAGGAUCAACAAGGCCUGAAAUCACAGAAAAAGGGAAUGUAAAACUGUUCAAGAGUUGUAUUGAAAAAGGAGACUUGGAGUAUUUGAAAACUCUUCAAGCUGAACCAACAGAGCAAGAACAAGAACUCGAAGGCAUAGAUCUUCAUCAUGAACAGGCAGAGGAAAGUUCUUCAGAAUGGGUCCCAGUGGAUGUAAAGAGACUGAAAGACAUGUUUUCUGGAGAUCAAAGACCUGUUCAACCAAAGCAAAAUGCAUGUGAAAAUAUUGCCCAAUCUACCGCAAUUUCUUGUGCGUUCACAGGAAAGAACCAGUCUUCUACAGAAUGCAAUGUUGGGGUAUUCUCUCAUGGGCAAGUAAAGGAUACCUUUAGGGAGCAUGGUGACCAAACACAAGAAGUACCAUGUAACUCAACAGUUGUGCCACAGGGAUCAUACCUACAUCGUGAAACACACGACGACGGCAGGGUCCACCAUGCUCAAUUAGUUGAGGUGGUAGAUGACAAUAACCUCCAAACUGCAAUACAAAGCCUCAAACAGGACGAGAUUGAGACCAAAUCUUUGAAUCACUCGUCAAAAAAUCAGAAAUUCCUUGUUCAAGAAUCUUUUAAGGAACCAGUGAUCUCAGUUACAGCAGGUGAUAUUGAACACUCAGGAACAAAAGCAGAAAUAUCUCAAGAACUGGAGGACCCAAAAGAGGACUCAUGCACUAAGCCAAGGUGGGAUGAACAUCCAUCAGCUUCUAACAUCUCCUCGGAACAUCAAUCAGACCGCCAAAGUGAGAAUACAGAGACAUGCCCUAAAGACACAAAUUCUGAACUAGUACAAACUACUGAGACAUGCAGCAAAAUGGGUCAAAACGCCACAGAGGUGGUCGAGAAAGAACACUUUCAAGCUUCUAUGGUGUCUGUAGAUAGUACUGAAACAACAGCUGCACAACAAGAGAAUGAUGAAGUUGUUUUUGAGGGUAAACUUAAAGCAGCUUUGGAUUCUCUGGAGAGAUCCAACCUUAAUGUCACUAGAGGAGAUUUCAGAGCAGCUAUGAUAUACAGAAACUCGCCCAAACCUCACAAAGAAAGAUCACAACUUGAGGAUGCAGUGUUUGUUCAAAAGCCCACUAUGGAGGAGGUUUGCCAUGUGACUGAACCCAAAUCCACUCAAGAACCACUGAUACAAGAGGUCUCCAAAGACGAAGGUACUGGACAAAUUGCAGAGCUCCCAAGUCAAAGUGAAACCCUAAAUAAAGCCGCUACAAGUGCUGUCUCAGAGAAAAGAAGAAGGCCUGUUGGUUCAAAACCAGCCAUCCCACCUAAACCUGAGUGUUUGAAAGUGAAACAAAGAGAAAUUCAAUCAGCCGACACAAACAAACCUGAAGCAACCCAAAUUAAUACUGAGAGACCCGAAGUAACAGUUCCUCAACCAUUGCCAAUUACAUCAACGUCACUUAAGGAUGAACACAAGCAAGAUCUGUUCAAAAUUAAUGGCGGUGCAAACUCAGGACCAGAUUCAGUGGAUCAUCAAAGAAAUGAGCUCUUUAAGGAAGCUAUACAGACGUCUCGGGAAACUGAAGUAAGGCAUCAAGACCAAGGUUCAAUCAUCACCUUGGAAAGUAAAAACACAAAUGAGAAUAUAACUAAUCAACAACAGGAUAUAAAUGCCACAGCAGAAGAGAAAAGCCCCCAGGAUAUGAAUGAAACAGAUGAAAGUCAUAUAGAUUUUCAUGGCGCAUGUAAGAAAUUUGGAGGUAAAAAGGCAUUGACUGUAAAGAAUGCUCCUGUAAAGCCAAAAAGAGUUAAAAUUGCACAGCCUGACAACAAAGAUAAUAACGCCUCAAUAUUUACACAUGUGGUUGCGGAAUCACAACAAACUGUAAGUGGUCCAUCAUGUAAUAAACCAAACACCUGUGGACAAACUGCUGACAGCAAAGACAAGCAAGAGAAAGAAAUGAAACACGAAAGCAAAGUUGAGAUGAGGGAAAAGAAAGGACGCACCGAGACAGAGGACGAACGCCGACAGCGGCUGUCAGUUCACAUGGAUGAGAUCAUGAGAGGGAACAUAACAGCAGCCAUGGAUAUUUUUGACAACUUGCGAAAGCAGGAGGAACUGCGGAGCAUUCUCAGUCGAGUUGAAGAGAUUGAACAGGACACGAGCGAGGUUGAUGUAAGGUCUCUGAGGGGCGUAUUUGAAAACGUCCCAGACUGGGUUGUCAGCUCCAACAAAAAGAAACAAAAAAAGGUCAAACUAGAAAACAAAGAAGAGAGGAUGCCGUCAACGAAAGACAAUGCUGAAAGCAAGUCGUCAAUGGCACAUGUUUUUGGAGAUCUUGAGCGAGCCAGGGAGGAAAUCAUGAAUCUAAAAGAACAGACUUUAGCCAGACUUAUUGACAUAGAGGAAGCCAUUAAAAAAGCUCUUUAUUCUGUCUCUACUUUGAAAUCUGACUCAGAUAUUGCUGGUUUAUCGUGCCUUUUCAAAGAGUCAUUAGGGACAGUCCAAGGAUCCCCAUCCUCUGGUAAUAUUAGAAAACUUUGCAUCACUUCAAGCAAAACAAAAUCACUGCAGAUACAAGAAAGCCCUACCGCACAGGGAAACACAGAUCUGUCACUUAGCCUGGGUGCAAGCAUUGACAGAACCUCUGCAAAAAAAAGAGCAAGUCCUCCAUCUUCACCUGCCUUCAUCUCCAUCCAGUCGGCUGCUAGAAAGGCAGAUAAAACUGAGGUGCUUCCACAAGAGACUACAAUCUGCCCCACGUGUCAGCACAGCCCAAAGACAGAGGAGAAAUUCCAGACAACAAAAACCGUGACAUGCAACAGCCCUGCUCAAAACAGAAAAAGGGACCCCAGAAAAGGAGGUAAACAAAAGUCUUCUUCCAAAACAUUCAACCCUAAACGAGAGCUCAGUGUCCUCAAUGUGCAGACUGACCAUGAUGGGAACAGUAUCAUGGGCACCAAAACAAUCACAGAGAACUAUGAGAAGACCGAUAACUUUGGGAACCAGUUUUACUCUUCCAAAACCUCCACUGUCGUCACUACUCAUCCAGAAACUACAACAACCACAGGACAGGCAGUGGUCAGUCCAGCCUAUCAGGUCACCAAGUACCCAGAAGUUCAGCUGCCAAUCAAUCAGAAACCUUAAAUCAUUCACAGACAGGUGCAGUUUGUUUCCUAAGAGUUGGCAGUGUUUUUCAUAUUCUUUAUGACAAAGAUGUUAUGUACUUUUUUUUUUUGCUAAGAUUAUAAAUUAAGUUGGUUAUUAAUGCUUGUU